AUGUCAACAAACCAUUUAAAACUCACUUCUAACUUUAUAUCUUCUAUGCCAUCAGGGAAAGAUCCACGAUUUACAUCCUCAUUGAAAAAGUAUCCAAAUUCGAGUUUCUUUAGUGUCUGUGGUAGUGGAUAUUGUAAUGUCUUACAAUAUUUGAACGUUGUAACACCCGAAGUAAUCGGUGAAUUAGUUAAUUUUAAAUGUGAUCUCAACAAACCAUAUCCACCACUCAGCGCCAACUACGCAGUUACACUCGAUGGUUUCGUCUACCACGACAAGAACAACGAAGGUUUCCACCAGGGAGGAUAUGAAUUUUUUAAGGCAAUACUUAAAAAAAAUACAUCAUUGGUUUCUGGAUCAACAUAUCUAAGUAAAUCGAAUAACUUUGGUAAUGAUAGCAUUAGAUUAGUAACAUCAACAAGUUUAUUAUCGAAUAUCAGAAGUUAUAGUAGUACUACUACUACAGAUGUCACUGCAGAGCUAAUUAAAAAGGAUCUUACAUCGAAUAUCGAUUAUACUGCAACUAUACCUCUGAAUGGAAACAUUCCAAAUACAAUCACAGAGAAACUCGGUAAGAAUCUUCACUUGACAACGGAUCACCCACUGAAUCUGAUCAAAAAGAAGAUUCAACAUCACUUUGCACAACAAAAAGACGGUCCAGCUUUUAAAUUCUACGAUGAAUUCUCACCACGAGUCACCAGCAAACAAAACUUUGACGAAUUGCUCUUCCCAAAGAAUCAUGUAGGUCGAUCGGCAAACGACACCUACUAUUACUCGCGAGACCAACUCCUCCGAACCCACACCAGUGCGCAUCAAACUCACUUGCUACGCGACAGCCAACGCGCUUUUCUAGUAACCGGUGACGUCUACCGUCGUGACACCAUCGAUUCCGUUCACUAUCCAAUUUUCCAUCAGAUGGAAGGUGUCCGUACUUUCACACCAGCCGAACUCGCCAAACUUGCACCCAACUCUGCCAAACUGGAAUACAACAGCGCCACCAACUACUACGAGGAUGCAGAAUACAAGAACAACGAAGAAGUCAAGCUCGUAGAAGCACAUCUAAAGAAGUCGUUGGAGGACAUGAUCCGUGAUGUCAUCGGUCAUCCCGACAUGCAAAUCCGUUGGAUCAACGCUUACUUCCCAUUCACUUCGCCAUCGUGGGAGAUGGAGAUUCUCUUCCAGGACAAAUGGCUCGAGGUUCUCGGCUGUGGAGUGGUGCAUCCAAGCAUCAUGACAAACUGUGGACUCAUCGACAGUCGUGGCUGGGCAUUCGGUCUGGGUUUGGAGCGUCUGGCAAUGAUUCUCUUUGAGAUCCCCGACAUCCGUCUGUUCUGGACACAAGACAGUCGUUUCCACAACCAAUUCCGUGGCGUCGACAAGAAUCCAAAAGAACUCACUCACAUCGAUAUCAAGAACGUCAAAUUCCAAUCGUACAGCAAAUAUCCCUCGUGUUUCAAGGACAUGACAUUCUGGUUGCCAACUGAAGGAUUCCACGAGAACAGUUACUAUGAAUUCCUACGUAGUAUUGGCGGAGAUCUCAUUGAAAACGUAGAGAUGAUCGACCAGUUUAAACACCCAAAGAAUGGAAAGACCUCCCAAUGCUAUCGUAUUCACUAUCGUUCCAUGGAAAGAAAUUUAACCAACGAAGAAAUCGAUAAGAUUCAAACAGAAAUAAGAUCUAAAAUUGAGAAACAUUUAAAUGUUCAAUUAAGAUAA